AUGUUGGCCUCAACCGUUCGCACCGCGCUUCGCACCAGCGCGCCCCGCAUCGCUGCGCUCCCCUCCACACGCUGCCUGUCCACCUCGCUGCCGCGUCUUUCGUCGGCAACUGCCAAGGAAUACCAAAACAUCCUCGUCUCGUCGCCCGCCAAAGGCGUUACGCUGAUCACGUUGAACCGACCUAAGGCGCUGAAUGCACUCAAUUCGGCGCUCUUCCACGAACUCAACGAAGCCACCGAGAUCGCCGACAAUGACCCUGAGGUCGGAGCUAUCGUCCUCACCGGAUCCGAAAAGGCGUUCGCUGCGGGCGCCGAUAUCAAGGAGAUGAAGGACAAGCAGUACGCUGAUGCAUACAAGACCAACUUCUUGGGUCACUGGACCAAGCUCACCACGGUGCGCAAACCGAUCAUUGCUGCUGUGAGCGGGUUCGCCCUUGGUGGUGGUUGCGAGUUGGCCAUGAUGUGCGAUAUCAUCCUCGCUUCGCCCACAGCCAACUUUGGUCAACCUGAGAUCAACCUCGGCGUCAUUCCUGGCGCCGGUGGCACGCAACGUCUCACCAAAGCUGUUGGAAAAUCCACCGCCAUGGAGAUGGUACUCACGGGCCGCAACUUUAGCGCCGAUGACGCCGAGCGUCGCGGCUUGAUCUCGCGCGUCGUUCGCGAGGGAAGCGUCGUUGAUGAAGCCGUCAAGGUCGCUUCCACCAUUGCCAAAAAGGGUCAGAUCGCUGUCCAGGCCGCCAAGGAAGGUGUCAAUGCCUCCUUCGAGCUGAGCUUGCAAGAGGGAACUCGCUUCGAACGCCGUCUCUUCCAGAGUCUAUUCGCUACCAAAGAUCAGAAAGAAGGCAUGGCGGCUUUCGCCGAAAAAAGGAAGGCCAACUUUACGCACGAGUAA